AUGAGGAUCCCCUUUGACAGUGACCCCCCUGUUGUUGACAGUACUUUGCAAACAGAGGAAGUAUUCAAUUGGGAUGAUGAGCCUUGUGUUAACCUCAAUUUCAUUCCAGACUAUGUGCCUCCUAUCUCUGCCCCAUCCACUGGUGUUAUUAUCUUUGAUCUCUUUGGUACCAUCCUUGACUGUGAUGGUGCUGUGAAUGAAGCUAUGUGUUUGUUAUCACCAACUCAUCCUAACAGAUGCCAACUGUCUGCAGUGUAUCUUGAAUGCAAACUUAUGAGACACAGAGACAACCCUGAUGCACCCUACACUGAUUUUGUGCAGCAUGUAUUGAAGGAUGUCUGCAUAUUUCUAGGAGUGCUACUAAGUGAAGUUUUACUCCAUGAAGUGAUCCAGACUAUCCUGCAACCUGGUUCAUAUGCAGAAGCAGAAGCAGCUAUGAGGACACUCCUGGAUCAGGGUUAUACAGUGUUUAGCCUUCCAAUCCCAGAUGCUUGGUCAUUUUUACUUCCUCAACUUCCAUCUGGUCUCACUACCUCUUGGAAUGCUGUUGCUUGGCAUGCAGCACCAUCAAAGGACCCAGAUUCUUAUAGUGAUGUCCAGCCAUUAUUAAGAUGUCUAGAAUCAGAAGUGAAGCUCAGCACAAGCAACCCAACCCUAGCCAUCAACAGACUACAAGCUUUACAAAUGCAACUACAAACAUUGUCUGCUCUUCAUUCCUCACCAGUGCAGUGCACUCCAAGUCAUGUCAAAGAAUUCCACAUUUGCAGUAUGUAUCAGGUAACAAACUCACUUGGAAUGGGAAGCUUUGGAAAUGUGUCAAGCACUUUUCAUGUCCUCACCAGCUUGGAGGUUGCAGUCAAAAUGGAGAUCCUAGCCAAUGCACUGACUGUGCCUGUUGUACUGCCUUAUGAAGCUCUGGUGUACAGCCUGCUGUGUGGAUACCUAGGGAUACCAUCAUGCAAAUGA